AUGGCUUAUAGGCUAGUUCCCGUGUUAAGAACAUUCAGCAGAGCACCUCGAGUUUUUCUUCUACGGCAGAAACUUUAUAGUAACUCUGUACUAUUCUCAAGAGCAAUGGUAGGUACUGUUUGAUUUUAAAAACGAGAACGCGCCAAACUUGAUAACUUUUGAUCUUCCACGAAGUUAUACGAAAUUCAGCCUUUAUAACAGAACAAUUUAAGGGUUAAAAUUUUGGUGCCUCAAGAUCUCUAUCACUUAAUAUAAAGGUUUCAGUCAUUUUUAUAUUAAGCAGGUUAUAAUAUAGGGAGAGACAUCUACGCAACUAAGAUUAAUAUAAUUUUUUAUAAGUUUGCGUGGUUGUUGUCAACAUGCGUUGUUCAUUUUUGGAAUAUUAAAAUUAGUUCAAGCUUAAGCUUAUACUUUUUCUUUUUGACAUACGCUAAUUUUAUUCAAAGUUUAUAGUACUGUGAUGCUAUUGUUUCGUUUAAAUACUUCGAUAAGUCCCACCAAAUGAUUCUAUGUUGUUCACUCUGCUUAAGACCCCACCCCCUUCUCUCCCCCAUCAAAAUGUGGUACACUUACUACUCUAAAAUUUGUUAAAGGUUCAUAAUAUUAAUCCCAGACACUAAACAGUAUCCUAUCAACAAAAAUCUCAUAAAAUCUAAAGUGAAAUCUGUAUCAAGUUGACCUCACAUUAUUAAAGAGAUGGGUCACCACCAGGGCCAGGUUGUUCAAAGCGGUGUUAAAAUACCCUAGGGUUAGUGCAAAAUUUGAAUUCAGAUAUAAAAUCUUAUAGCCAAAUUUGUUGUGUCGCGCUGCGCUGUUUGCAAACUUCGAAUGGGUUUUUCUGUUCCGUCGAUCAUUUGAGUGGGGGCGGAGUUAAUGCUAAUCACAAUGUAAAGCACUCGCCUAGCUUGGCCUGAGAAUGACUCUAGACUGCUCAAGAAUAGCGAAGAAAAUCGCGAUGAUGAGUGUCAAGGGCAAGAGACAAGAAUAAGAAUGAUCAGAGAAAUCUUUGAAGAAAACUAGUCGAUUACUACCCAAAAGCAACGAACCUCAAAACACAGAAACAAACAAAGUGGAUGGAAAUGCACCAAUCACAAGUAAAGAUGUGUUUCCUAAGAGGUCCGCUAACAUGAUUGACAGAACAGAAAAACCCAAAAUUCCUUUGAAGUUUGCAAAAUGUGCAGCGUGAUACAACGAAUUUGGCUAUAAAAAGCAAAUACAAUUUAAUUCUUUUGGUCUGCAAUUUGGUGAUUGGAUGCUGAAAAGAAUAGGAAAGAGUAUCCGAGAAAAUGCUUUUAAACAAAAGAAAAAGAAUCCCCAAUUGAAAUUUAACCCUAGGAUAGCAUUAAUCAGUCUUCGAACAACUAAGCCCAGUUGUUUAAAAAGAAGAGAACAGGAAAGCCUGAAAAAAUUCAUGCUGUGCGGGUAUGGUAGAGGUCAUGGUUCGUAUACUGAGUAAGCUUAAAUUCUAUCAGGCAUUCUUUUUACAACUGUGUAAGUUGCAUCUGUGGUAAAAAGUAAAGUUUCUAUAAUAAUUUAUUGGUGAGUGACCUAUGUAAUGUCCCUACUUUACCACUAAAACCAAUAGCAGGUUGGAGUAUUUUCAUAUUCAAAGGCGAAUUAAGAGAGGUUUCUAAAAGCUUUUUAGCUCAGAAACAAACACUCCCUGGUAGAACCCCUUCAUGUAUAGAAAAGCUAUUAGAUUGAUCCCUGAAUAUUUAACAACUGUUAGACGAGGUUGAGCAAAAUAUCUUGAUUUGUCAAUAGUGAGAAUAGUUGAUUUGCAAGAUCAAUUAAUUUUUGAGAAUUUUUAGUUAAGUCCAACACACCUUAGUACUGUUUUUGUUUAAUAACCUUACCAACAGGCCACCCGUAUAGAGACCGAUAGCUUUGGAGAAAUAGAAGUACCUGUGGACAAAUACUAUGGAGCUCAGACUGCACGAUCCAAAUUGAAUUUCCCAAUUGGUGAUGAGAGUGAACACAUGCCAGUGAGUUAACUUUUUAAACAUUCGCAUUAGCAUUAUACUUAUAUUAUAUGGCUGGCUUUGUAAGUGGAAAAGAUGAAGUGAACCAUGUGUUCUCAUUGGUUAUCAAAGCUGUUGAGAUUGCGCUAUCUUGCCCACUUGGAGUCACCCGUUUUGUGCUGCAUGAAAAGAUUUUUUUUGGCGAUAAUUUAAGUUAAACCCAUUAUUGACCCAUGAUUGUUUGCUCUCAAGAUGACUGAAUUAAGUCAUGUUUGAUAAUCCAGGGCUAGUGGAUUUUGUUCUUAACUUGCUUGAUGGGCAAGUGCUGUUUUUUGGGGAAAUUCAAAUUACAGAAGGAUUGUAAUCAAUCCUGUUAAUCAAAAAGGGUUUUGGGGCUAGUUGAAAUGACUUGUGGGCUAGUACAUGCUACAGGUAGCUACAGCUUGCCCAAAUGGCAGGCUGUAAAGCUGACUUUCUUUGCACCCUGCCACUGAAACCCUAAAAGGAACUUGGCUAUAAAUGUCCAGCUAUCCUGAUCAAGCAAGCUUGGUCAAUAUUGAAUAAAGUAUUUCCUUAAACUUCACAGAGAGGCUUUUAAGACAGUAACAAACAAGUGAAUAACAAUGCUUUAUUUAUUUAUUUAUAAUUUUAUUAUGGCUCAGUGCUUUUGAAAAUCUACUCUGCCUGGUAGAUUCCUAGUCACACAUGUACGCUCAGUUUCAUAUCCUAAUGGUGUUCAGCAAUGUGAUUGCAAUUAACAUCUAUAACCAUUAAUUUUUAUGUUGCCCACUUUUGUUUGGUCAGUCACAUGAGAAUUUUGCUGGUCUUAACAAUGUAAGUAGCGAAGCAGUUACAGCAUUUUUUUACUGGUAUUGACCUUAUUCUAGGCACCCACAGGAAAGAAAUGUGUUUUCAGUCGUGUGUCUAGAGAAGCACUGUGAGUAACAAGCAUUUAGAAAGUAUUUUUUUUUAUUAAACAGGCUCCAGUGAUCCGUGCAUUUGGUAUCCUAAAGAAAGCAGCAGCUGAAGUCAAUAAGGAGUUUGGGUUGGAUGAAAAUAUUGCCAAUAACAUCAUGAAGGCAGCAGAUGAAGUGAGAUGUGUAGACUUAAAGAGACUAAACUCAGAUUAAUUAAUUUGAGCAGUAUGCUGCUUUGUCCAUCAGUGUGCAAAAGUUAUAAGAUAUGGGCAAAUCUGUUUCAGUGUGGGCAGCUUAGCCAUUUAUGGCAUUUAACUUGCCUGUAAGCCCAUUCUUUACAGACUCGUAAAAGGAAAGUGUUGAAGUUCCAAUGACUUAGCCAAACUUUAGGAAAGUAUAGUUAACUAUGUACAUGGUUUGCACGCACCUUGAAAGUCCUUGAAAAUUGCCAUAGGUGCUGGAAAGUUCUUGAAUUUCAGUGCUAAUUAACUUUAUCCAACCCAGCAAACACAGAAAAAACUUAGGAUAAAAUUACUCGAUGUUGAUGAAGAAGUAAAAAAGACCGAGACUCAAGGCUCCUUUUAUGAACUGAAUGAAGUCCUUGAAAAAUGGGAAAUGGGAAAUGUGUCCUUGAAAAGUCCUUGUUCAAAAAAGGGUACGAACCCUGUAUGUACAUGUGUGGCUGAUCGUGUUUUCUCAAUUCUGUGAUAUUAUUUUCAGGUAAUAUCUGGGAAGUUAAAGGACAACUUUCCACUGGUGGUGUGGCAAACUGGUUCUGGUACCCAAUCUAACAUGAACGUUAAUGAAGUGAUCAGUAACCGGGCCAUUGAACUGAUGGGAGGAGAAAUGGGAUCCAAAAAACCUGUUCACCCCAAUGAUCAUGUCAACAAAAGUCAGGUUGGUACAGAAUACACUUAAUCUGAUAUUAAAGACUUUUAACAACAUAAGUCUUCUCAGUUAGCCGGUGUUGGAAAUCACAAGAGAAUACAUUUUAGGCUCCUUCAAAGUAAUAUUUCAAGAAUCUCCCUUAUGAUUAAGGUACGCAUGCCUGAGAAAACAGCCAACAUUUCGUGACGCUGCCACUGGUUUUCUCACAAAGUGAUGUCUGAGGAACAAGUACAAAAAUUCCAUACUGAUGAUGCAUCACCACCCAGGUAAGCGUAGUGCUUCUAAUUGGUUGUCCCAGGAAGAAAACUUGCUUCAACCAAUCAAAAGCUCUUUCCAGAUCAUCAGUAUGGAAUUUCUGCACUUGUUCCUCAGAGGUCAUUUUGCAGGGAAACCAUAGUAUUGACUGUUUUCUCAGGUUAGAUAUUGAUUUUGUAGUGUCAUUUUUUUCAUUUCUCAGUCUUGUUAUUACUGUGUUUCUACUGUAGAGCUCUAAUGACACAUUUCCAACAGCAAUGCACAUUGCGGCAGCACUGGAAGUCCAGGAGCGUCUUUUGCCAGGUUUGAAGAAGCUGCAUGGUGCACUUGAGGCCAAGAGUACUGAAUUUAAAGACCUCGUUAAGAUUGGCAGAACUCACACACAGGUGUGUGAUUGCAGUGCUCAUUAUUAAGGGUCAAAGAUUUUGUGAGUAAGGGUCAGAACACAGUAUUCUCCACAAGCAUUUGAGGUUAGGCGAGCUUCCUUGCUUAAUUUACUGAAGAAUGGUUGCCACCUGGCUUAAAAACCAAAGAUGUAACCCAACUGAAGCUCGUGUUGACAUAAAGAACUAGUUAUUUCAAAGACAAAAUUGAAGAAACAUUGUCUGGUGUAUUUGUUUGUGCUUUCUCACUACCUGGUCCAGAAUGCACUUACAUUUAUACAUGUAGUAUCAACUUGAGGGAUUUCGUCGAAUAAAAAAUAGUUGACUAUCAUAGUUUAGUGGAGGAAAUAGCUUCACCUAUUUUUCUUACUUAAAUCUGAUUUAAAUAAUUAUGUUUAAAUUGACUUCAGGAUGCAACACCCAUCACACUAGGCCAAGAGUUCAGUGGUUAUGUACAACAGAUACAGUAUGGGAUCUCAAGAGUAGAGGGCACUCUAAAGCGAGUGUAUGAGCUGGCUAUUGGCGGCACAGCUGUGGGAACAGGUCUCAAUACAAGGAUAGGCUUUGCAGAGAAGAUGGCAGCCAAGAUUGCUGCAUACACAAACCUCCCAUUCACCAGGUAUACACUGUCAGUCACUGCUGUAGUCACAGUUCUUGGAACCUGUAUAAAAUGACAGCUGUUUCAAACUGUGUACUCAUUUUUUUUAUUUGCCACUUUGACAAUAAUGGCGACAGCACAGGCAAUUGAAAUAAUAACUUAAAAUAUUUGUUAAGUCUAGUAGUCCCAACGAUCCCUGUUUACUAAUGAGGGUGCCUAAAUCAUAAUGUAGAAACGGUUCUAUGCUGAAUUGUCUCAGCUACUAAUCUGUUGUACACUCCACUCUACAGAAUUGUUAUAAUUCAAACUGCGAGGAAGUGUGGCCGAGUGGCUUGCAAUCCGGAGGCCCCAAGUUCAAUUCCUGCCCUGACCUCUAGGGGGCAUUGAUCUUGGUAGUCCCAAGGUCAAAUCCUCGGCCAUGCUUGUAAAUAGCCAACUGGUUUGUCUCACUAGGCCAGUUGGGAUUCUUAACCCCAUUAUGUUAUGUUAUGUUAUUUGUUUCAAGCGUUCACGAGGUCCCAAUAGCAUUAGUGCUUUAAAUAAAGCCAAGAGUAAAUAAUGGAAAUUUAUUUGUUUAUUUUAUUUUUAACCUGUCCUAAUGUGACUAGCUUUCUCCUUUACACUUAGUGCUCCAAACAAGUUUGAAGCCCUUGCUGCACAUGAUGCUAUGGUUGAGCUUCAUGGUGCACUGAAUGUGAUUGCUUGUAGCUUGAUGAAGAUUGCAAAUGAUAUCAGGUUUCUGGGGUCAGGCCCACGCUGUGGACUUGGAGAACUAUCUCUCCCUGAGAAUGAACCAGGCAGCAGCAUAAUGCCAGGUAGUGCUUGAAAUUCAUGUUUAUUUACCACUGGCCAUGAUGCUAAAAAAAAUAAAAGUUCAAACUGGCUUAUUUUUAAUUUCAGUUUACCCCAGAUGUGCAUUGCAACUCUGAUCCUUGAGCUGUCGUUUACUUGUAUUUUGUUCCUUCAGGUAAAGUGAAUCCCACACAAUGCGAGGCCAUCACCAUGGUAGCAGCUCAAGUAAUUGGCAAUCAAACAGCAGUCUCUGUUGGUGGGAGUAAUGGCCAUUUUGAACUGAAUGUAUUCAAGCCAAUGAUUAUCAGAAACGUCCUUCAAUCUACAAGACUAAUUGGAGAUGCAUGUGUGGCAUUUACAGAUAACUGUGUUGUAGGGAUCCAAGCCAAUGUAGAGAAAAUCAAUAAGCUGCGUGAUGAGUCACUCAUGUUGGUGACAGCUUUGAACCCUCAUAUUGGUUAUGAUAAUGCUGCAAAAAUUGCAAAGAAAGCUCACAAAGAAGGCACAACAUUAAAAGAAGCUGCCAUUAGCCUCGGGCUGUUGACUGAAGAGCAGUUUAACCAGUGGGUGAGACCAGAAGAUAUGUUAGGUCCAAAGUAAACAGCUCCCAUUGGACAUCAGAGUAACAAAACAAGGCAGUAAAAAGAUAUGAAAGUGAUUUAAUUACAAUUUAAAGUGUUUUAAAUGAGAGUUUUUAAUUACACAGGUAACUGUGCCUGUUUACUUUUCACAAAAUUAAGGCACUAUAGAGAAGGACUCUUUGAGAAUGUGUCUAAACGAACAGGAUAAAAAGAAACUAAAAGGUCUCCAUUACAGGAAAAUGAUAAGCCAACUUUGACGUAAUUUAUAGUUAGCUGUUAUUGACUGUACAUGCACCCAUAAGUGUUGGAGUUUGUUAUUGGGCAUGGUAAUGUGUGUUGUCUUUUUAACUGUCAGAGAACAAUAAAAUUGGAUCAAUGAUAAAGUGAACCACAACAUGAUGAACCUCUUAAAACUAUGAAAUUGUUUUGUUUGGUUUUUAUCCAACCAUCUCUAUAAAUUAAUUACAACUUAUGUUUAUACCAUAAACAUUGUGUCCCAGUUCUCUCAAGUGUUAUGUACAUUGCUGUGGCAUGAAAACAUUUUAACA